AUGUCCUGUCACCCCCAGACCCCUCAAAGCCCUUCCCAGUUCUCUCCUAACACGAGUGACCUGAUGAUGAGCAUGACCGGCUCCGUCACGUCGACCACGACCACGCUGCCGACCCCCGCCCACAGCGUCAACGGAAGCUCGAUACCUUCGGAACUGACCCAAGACACCGCCAUGGGAGACGACUCCCCGCACAAGCGCAAGCGAGAUGGCGAUGACAUGGGCAGCAGAGCGCAGAAGAAAGUUCACGUCGAGGACCGCAAGCUUGGUAUCGACGACCUUCAUAUGGAUGUCGGCGAGAAAUACCUUCUUUGCAGAACUCCGCACCCUCGGCCCCGGCCUCACGUGUCGGAAGACCUCUUCGAGAUGUAUGGCUUGACAGGGCUCGCUAUUGAGGUUGCCCGUGUGCGGCCGAACGGCGAAAAGAAUGCGCUUAGGAAAACGUAUAAAGGGCACAUCAAGAGGCUUGGCGUUCAAGGCCACUUCGACGAAGACAAGCAAGAUCCCAACCGAGAGUACAGCCUGUCGCACCUGAUGAAGCUGCCCCAAGAUGUCUGGGAUCUUCAACACGUACGGGGGCAGGAUAUCAGGGAUGGCUUCACCAACGAGGUGCAACAGAAGCUAUCGAGGGCCAUGACCAUGGGCAGGGGUGUCGUCCCCAGAGACCAGUGGGACAGUUCUGUGCUGGGAGAGAUGGGUCCCGGUAAGGGUGAGCGGCAAGCACUGUCGGCUAGACCAACGGCGCCCAACACUCCCCUUCCCUCUGCAGGCCCGCAAGGCCUGCCCCGGCCUAAGACCGGCACGCCCCUCAUGCAGGAUGCGUCUCGGUCGAUGCGCACUAUCAAGAAACGGAGCUACGGUGACAGCAGCUUCGAAGGAUACGGCGAGAGCUACGACGACGGCGCCGACACCGGCUACUCAACCGGAGAGGGCGACAUGUCCUCUGGGCAGAAGCGGAGAAAAAAGGUGCUCAUCAAUGACUAG